CCGCAGGCCCUUCACUCCCUGCAGCGAGAAAAAAGACGAAGAUGAAAAUGUACAUCAUCAUAAAGCUAAUCCCCCCUUCUCUCCUCUUCCUCUUCUUUCUCCCGCUUCUCUCCUCAUCCGCCAGACUCCUCCCAUCCCCAAGUUCCACCACCGAAUUCAUCAAAGACAAAUGCAACACCACCGAAUUCCCCCAUCUCUGCAUCACCUCCCUCUCGUCCUACGCCCCCUCAAUCGGCGACAGCACCAUCCAAAUGGCCCAUGCCGCCCUCAACGUCAGUCUCAUCAGCGCUCUCGCCACCUCCGUCACCAUGACCAACCUUUCAGCCGGCGGGCGCCUGUCGGCAAGGGAAGCCGAAGCAGUCAGCGAUUGCGCGGAAAUCCUCGCCGACUCGGUGGACUCGCUCCGCAACUCGCUGAAGCUUAUGGGUCGACUCAGCGGACGCGAGUUCGGGGAAAGAAUCGAUGAUGUGCAGACUUGGGUGAGCGCUGCCCUCACAGACGACACGACCUGCAUGGAUGGUUUCUCCGGCGAGGCGAUGAACGGGGACGUGAAGAGGAUGGUGAGGGGAAGGGUUGUGAGGCUGGCGCAACUGACGGCCAAUGCGCUGGCUCUGAUUAACGAACUCGCCCCGCUGCCUUGAAGUCAGUAAUGGUAAUUAAAGGAUAAUUAGAGGGUAAUAGAAUCUGUAUGUUUUGUUGUGAGACUGAAAAGUUUGUAAAU